CACAGCAGUUCAGGUCAUCCCGUAUCUCGACUCAGCAGUCGGGAGGAUCCGGUGUGGACGCCCACUGGAUAAGAGAAGACGACCCUCAAGGAGUUGUUCCCAGCAUCUCCAGACGUCAACACAGUCAGAAGGAUAUUUUUAUCCUCCCCAUAUUCUAGAAGAUAAAAAAACACGAAAAAGAAACACCAUCCAAGACAUGCACAUCAUCCGCUUCAGCCGGGCGAAACGCAUCGUUGCCACUGGAUGAUUUGCACUGCAGCCAACCCACUGGAGCGUGGCGUAGACAUUCAUUCAGUCCAUUCAGUCCUUUGACCCUGAAUCGCCCUGAUGAUUAUAACCCGCCCAAUAUCCACUCGGUCGACACUUAUAUCAGGGCCAUUUAAUUUGCUAUAUCAACAUCAACCAGAUUCCCUGUCACCGACUCACCACCUCCCAGAGCACAGUACAUCCCAUCUCAACACACGCCCCCCAUGUCCAAUACCACCACCACCAAACCCAUCGGAUCUCAGUCCGUCCAUCUCAGCGCCAACUUUGCUGCAAAACAACUUGAACCAUGCAAAUCCCCGUGCGAAAAUCCUGUCUCGAUCGGGUAUGACCACGAGAUUUACCUGCAGCUGGUCGGGGGUGGGAAGAUGACGGAGAAGACGCCCAACCAGGUGUAUCUAGAGGUAUAGCUGCCUGUUCUCUAUUGCUCCCGAUCAUUUAUGACUUCAUAUUCCAAUGCUCUCUGCCUGUCUUUGGUUGACACUGAUUCUCUAGGAACGCGCUCGACAUCUCAAAACCCGAGCCAACGACCCCGCCAUCUCCGAUCCGCAGAGUGAGCCAAGUCCA